AUGCUGGAUGAAGAACCCCGCAUUGCAUUUCCACCUACCAACUUUGAUCUGCAUCAUCCAGACGUCCAGAAGUUCAAGCCCACGGCUUUGAAGCUUGCGAGACAAGUGCGACACAGAGGCCCUGAUUGGAGUGGAAGUGUCAUUUGCAAGAACACAAUCCUCUGCCAUGAGCGAUUGAGCAUCGUUGGUGUGGAGUCCGGCGCACAGCCACUCACCAACGCCGAUGGAAGCAUCGUUCUCGCUGUCAACGGCGAAAUCUACAACCACAGGCUGAUUCGAAAAAACCUGAAGAAGCCCUAUCACUUCAAGACCACGUCCGAUUGCGAGGUUAUCAUUCCCUUAUAUCUCGAAUAUGGCCUUGACGCGCCGAAGUACCUCGAUGGCAUGUUCUCUUUCGUGCUUUACGACAAGAACCUCGACCGAACGAUUGCCGCCCGUGAUCCGAUCGGUAUCACCACUUUUUACCAGGGAUGGAGUUCAAAAGAGCCUGAAGCAACAACGUACUUCGCCUCUGAACUGAAGUGCCUCGAGAGUGUCUGUGACAAGAUUCGCGCAUUUCCUCCCGGCCAUGUCUACGACACCCAGACCAAGGAGACUACCCGUUAUUUCCAGCCCACCUGGUGGGAAAACUCGAGAAUUCCCGAGACACCGCUGGACUUGAAACUGGUUCGCGAGACACUCGAGAAGUCGGUCAGGAAACGAUUGAUGGCUGAGGUUCCUUAUGGAGUUUUGUUGUCUGGUGGAUUAGAUUCGAGUCUAGUUGCGGCCAUCGCCCAGCGAGAGACCAUGAGACUCAAGAAAGCUGCUUUGGCUGCCAACGGCCAGGUUACAGACGUUGUAGAGGAUGCUGACAAAGGAGAGGGUCUCGUCGGUAUUGAUGACGAGAACAAACUGUCGACUGUUACGUACCUGCCGCAACUCAACUCAUUUUCCAUUGGCUUGCCUGGGUCACCAGAUAACGAAGCUGCUCUCAAAGUCGCCAAAUUUCUAGGAACAAAACACCACGUCAUGACCUUUACUAUCGACGAUGGUCUCAACGCGCUCUCCGAUGUCAUUUACCAUCUUGAGACGUACGAUGUAACAACCAUUCGAGCUUCCACGCCCAUGUACCUGCUAUCACGGAAGAUCAAGGCCAUGGGUGUCAAAAUGGUGCUCAGUGGUGAGGGAAGUGACGAGAUUUUUGGUGGAUACCUUUACUUCCAUGCGGCCCCUGACAAGAAGGCUUUCCACGAGGAGACUGUGCGAAGGGUAAAGAACCUGCACCUGGCUGACUGCUUGCGAGCCAACAAAUCCACAUCGGCUUGGGGUCUCGAGGCUCGUGUGCCUUUCCUUGACAAGGAGUUCCUGGAAGUCUGCAUGAACAUCGAUCCCCAGGAGAAGAUGAUCACAAAGGAGCGUAUCGAGAAGUGGAUUUUGAGAAAAGCAUUCGACACUUCGGAUCAACCUGAUGCCGAGCCGUACUUACCAGACGAGAUCCUCUGGAGACAGAAGGAGCAGUUCUCCGAUGGUGUGGGCUACGGCUGGAUCGAUGCCCUCAAAGACAACGCCGAACUCCAUGUGACAGACGAGAUGAUGAAGAACCCUAAGCCCGAGUGGGGUAACGACAUUCCUGAUACUAAGGAGGCAUACUGGUACCGCACCAUGUUCGAUGAACACUUCGGUCCUCACUGCGCUUCGACAGUGAUGCGAUGGACGCCAACUUGGUCCAACCAGACCGAUCCCAGCGGAAGAGCCAUCUCCAUUCACAACCAGAAAUACAAGAGCGCAGAGUAA